CUGUCUAUAGAGGAGGGUUACCGUCUUCCUGUCCCCAUGGACUGUCCUGUGGUUCUGCACCAGUUGAUGCUCCACUGCUGGCAGAAGGAGAGAGGGCAGAGACCUCACUUCAACAGCCUGGUCUCCUUCCUGGAUAAGCUCAUCAGGAACCCCACUAGUCUACUGACACUGGUGGACAACAGUUUUCCAGAAUCACUGGAGGACGUGCCGGACUACCCUCUGUUCAUCUCCAUCGGCGAUUGGCUGGACUCCAUCAAGAUGAGCCAAUACAAGAAGCAGUUCCUGGCAGCAGGGUUCACCACCCUGGACUCUGUCUCCACCAUGAGUAUAGAGGACAUCGGUGUGUCUCUGAUUGGCCACCAGAGGAGGAUAGUGAGCAGCAUUCAGAGUCUCCGUCUACAGUUCCUCACCGUCCAACACAACGGCUUCCACAUCUAA